UAACAGAAAGAAAGAAAUAGUGAGUUUGCCAAAAGAUUGCUGUGAUAUGGAGGGAAAAGAUUCCCACCAGCGAGACUAUACAUUAUGUAGAGGAACGGGAACACCUCUGCCAAUGCUGUUUCCUUCUCUAUGGAGGGACAUAUAUGAGAACAACACGCCUAAAGCUUCUCCGUCUUUUUACUUCUUCCCGUGGAGCCGGCAGUCAGCUAUUUGAUUGGUCAGUUUUGAAAGAAAGUCUGCGUGUAUGACCCGCCCCUUCCUUUCGUCUUAGGGAGGAGCAGUCUCUAGAAAGUGCCCACUUUACUCCGCCCCCCGGCCGGCAGUGAAGUUGACAAGUGCGGAAUUUGCCUGUGCGCCAUCUUGCCGUUGGCUGCUGUCUGUGCCGUAGUUGGAAUCUGAAUCUUGAACUUUCUGAGGAGAGCAUCUGAGCUUCAGAGUUCCUAUCAGGUUUCUUUGCAAGGAAAUAGACCAGCAGCUUCAAUCAACUGCAGUUCUGUCAUACCUCCAUGAUGUUUCCCUUGGUCAGAAAUGCACUAAGUAGCCUCAGGAUUCGAAGCAUUCAGCAAAUGAGGGCAAGACAGAGCCACUCAAAACACUCACCAGAUUUUCAUGACAAAUAUGGUGAUAUUAUACUAGCCGGUGGAACCGCUUUCUGUGUUGUUGUGUGGGUGUUUACAGCCACACAGGUUGGAAUAAAAUGGAACCCCUCCCCUGUUGGCAGAGCCACCCCAAAAGAGUGGAAUGAUGAGUAAGCAUCACAGUUACUGUAAUACACAAGUGUCUCAAAGUCAGCUUGUCAUUUCAGUACUCUGCUGUGCAUUGAAAUAUAGCAUAAUCGAAGAAAUAAAAUGCAUUUGAAAACA